AUGAGCCACGGCAACGAGCCUCUACAGCGUGACACCGGGACGACCCCUGCCCCGACCACUCCCGCUCCCACCGUGCCCUCUUCUGCCUUCCCCGGGCCCGACGGCACGUGCCUGUCCUCACCCGCUACCGCCAACCAGUGCUACAAUUCGGACGGCUCCCAGUCCAUCUGCUGCGCCGGCCAGUGCUUCGACGCGACCGGCUCAUCCUACACGUGCUGUCCUGCCGGGGUGGGGUGCCCCGCUCCCCCCAUGCCCACCCCCGCCUGCGCGACCGCUGACGUUCCCUCGGGCGCGCCCACCGUCGCCCCGACGAACGUUCCCACCGGAACGCCUAGGCCCACCGCGCCUCCGACGACGUGCAACCCGGCGUCUCCGCUUUCUAACCAGGCAAGUAAAAACCGGGUUAAGGUCAAGUGCAGGGCGUCUAGGCAGGAUUCUGAGGCGGGUCCUGUUGUCAGUUGA